AUGGGGCGCGCGCGCAAGGGGAAGAAGGCGGCGCCGCCGCUGUCGAAGAACACGCUGCGGGCGCUGCACAUAAUUAUGGCCAUCGGCUUCAUCAGCGCCGUGCCGCAAAUCCUAACCACGGUGAUGACCACCUGGAGGGAAGCAGAACCAAUCGAAUACAAAUACAUGUUCAGAGGCAGCGAGCACUCCCUGUACGUGGACUACACCUACUACGGCUUGUAUAAAGUGAUAUACGAUGACAAGCAUGUGGAGACGUGGACGCAGAGGGUGCAAAAUAUGCGAAGCAAAGGAAGUGAAGGAAUUCAAGUGGGCCGGAACAGCGAAUCUGCUGGGAGUCUGUCUCUCUGGACUUCCGCAUGUCAGGAGGCUUGUCGAGACGCCAUUAUCAGACGUAUAGAAGCCUACGAAAGAGUCUCCUUCAUUUCGUUAAUACUCCUGUGUGGCAUCGUUUUGUCUUGUACCAUUAUCAUUCUGUGCAUCGGGUGGAACAUCCUAUUCUCCAAGAGUAUUCUCAUUUCGAUGGCUUGCUUCAUGUUGUCUUUUAUUAUUAACGGGGGGAUAGGGACCUACUGGUAUUACGAAACAGACCUUUCUUGGAACCUAGUCACUAAGGCUCAACAGUACCCUUUCCCCAAAUGCUCCUACUGCUUCUACAUCUUUAUGAUCACCACAGGGGUAUACGCCUUAUGUUUUUUUUUCCUUCUUAUGCUGGACCUUUAUAAUAAAAACUCACAGAAGAAGUCCCACUUGGAUCAAAUGACUCUACAGAAUAGGAACGCCAUGAAUGCCAAGAAUUUAUACCAACCGCUUUUCGAUGGGCAAGCCAAUAUGAUGAUGUCUCGCAGUGCUAGCUAUACGAAUCUUAUGCCUUACGGGAAAGGUGCCGGGAUGGGUGGUGCCCCCAUGGGAGCUGGAGUGAUGGGGGGAGGACCCCCCGUUCCCAACUUUUUACAAUUUAAUAAAACGAACUUAAAUCAAUACGGAGGGAUUAAUCAUAAUGGGUUCCCUGGGUUCAGAAAUAUGCCUCCUGGGAUGGGCAUGCCCAUGCCCCCUGGAAUGUCCCCUGCGGGGAUUCCCCCCGGGGUUCCUCCAGGGAUGGGCCCCGGAAUGACCUCAGGAAUGACCCCAGAGAUGGGCCCAGGAAUGACCCCAGAGAUGGGCCCCGGAAUAACCCCAGGGAUGGGAUCACCCAUGCAGCAUAAUUUGAACCCCAACUUUUUCCCGCAAAUGCCAAGGCAGUACUCCUACUCCGGCUCGCCAUCCUUCCAACAGGGCCUCCCCAACUUCAACACCUUUCAGGGCCAGAACAUGCCCCAGAUGUCCUCCGGGAUGUUUUUCCCGCGCCAGUAUUCCGGCAUCGACUACGAGAACAUCAACAACCCCUUCAGUGUGAAGAAGCCCUUCAAGUUCUGA